AUGGCAGGAAGAACUAGGGGAAAUGGAUCCAAUGACAACAACAACAACGAUAACAACAACAACAACAACAGUGACAUCAUGAACUUUGUUCGGACAAUUACUAAUGAACUAAGAAACCAACCCAGGCAUGAAAACAACAAAGCAGAAUUAAUAGCAAAAUUUCAAAAACUCAGGCCCCAAAAUGUUUUUGGAGAACCCAAUCCCAACACAACUGAGGCAUGGAUAAGGCAAGUGAAGAAAAUAUUGAAUACGCUAGAAAUUCAUAACGAGCAGCACCAAAUGUCCCUCACCUCAUUUCUCUUUGACGGGAAGACUGAUUUCUGGUGGACAAUGAUUAAGGAAAGUCGUCAAGUGGCAGAACUAUCUUGGAGACAGUUCGAGGAAUUGUUUAUGGAAAAGUACUUCCCAAACUCGUAUACCAAUCGAUUAGAGGCCCUUUCUCGCCAUGCCACAGUUAUAGUGGCAAAUGAAACAGACAAAGUAAGGCGCUUUGAAUGGGGACUUGACUCGAGAAUCCGAGACAAGUUGGUUACAGUGCAACUACCUACUUAUGCAUGUGUAGUAGAUAGGGCUCUUACUUUAGAAAUAAAGAAGAUGGACACUGCAAGAACUCAUGGUCAACAGUCCAGAGCCAACCAGCAAAGAAGUAGAAGACCCUCAAGGAACAAUAAGACCCCUGCUGUUUCGGGUGCCACCGGAAGAGUCUUUGCACUCCAAAAAGGAAAAGAUGCUGGAAAUCCUACGGUGAUUCAAGAGCCUGAACGUGUAGGAACACCUAUGAGUGUAGCUUCACCACUAGGAGGUCAAACUCGAAUAGAUCUCGUAUUCAAAUCAUGUGAACUAGAAGUCUCCAGUUUGCGUUUAACUUGCAACCUACGAGUCAUGGAAAUGUCAAACUUUGACGUUAUCCUUGGAAUGGAUGGUUAUCAGCCCAUAGAGCCACCAUUGAUUGCUAUCGAAAGACAAUGGCUAGCCAGCUUAGUUCUGGAAGAUAAAGAUCGUAUGGAACUGGGGCUACCUUGUGUGGUGUGUAAGUAUGUUGAUGUAUUUCUAGAGGAACUACCAGAACUACCCCCAAAGCGAGAAGUAGACUUUACCAUUGAACUACAACCUGAUACAUCACCGAUCUCAAUGGCACCACAUCGUAUGGCACCAGUUGAACUGAGAGAGCUAAAGACACAGUUGCAAGAAUUAUUGGACAAGGAAUUUAUAAGGCCAAGCACGUCCCCGUAA